AGCGCGUGGAGCGCGCGCCGUCUCCGCCUGCCGGUCCGCACUGGGCCGCCCCGACUUGGUCAGUAAGCGUGGCGAUGGCCCGGAUGACGCAGAGGAGGCCCAGCACGUCCCAGAGGAGCCUGUUACUUCGAGAUGGCCUCGGCGCGGCUGCUGCCCCUGGCGGCGAUCCUGCUCGGGGCGCUUUCCCAGCCUGCGCUUGGCACCGUCAACUGCGACCCCGACGAGAUGGACCUCUGCACUGACGCCGUCGACAUGGCGCACGGCUUCAUGCACGUGUCCGCUGCCGCCCCCGCGGCUGCAUCGCUCAUGGUCGCGGCCGCGACGGUCCUGCUCUCGACGGCCGCUGCGUCGCUGCCGUCCGCUGCGGCGGCGGAGAGCGGCGUGAUCUGCGGCGGCACGACCGCGUUCUGCGAGGACUCGGGGAGCAUGGCCCUGGAGUCGUAGGCCCCAACUUUCCCCUCUCGUGCUGGACUCCUUUGCCGCUCCUUCCCGAUUGAACCCUCACGUUCGCUUUACCGCGAUUGUAGCCUGCAGGUGUCCGCUCCGUUCUCGCCACUCCUGAGGUGACAGGGAUUGCAGCCCUGACGAGAGCGACGACGAGGAUGACGAUGAGGAUAAG